AUGGGCUACAUCUCUCAACGGGCCCUCUCGAACCUGGUCCGAGAUAAACUCCACGAUGUCCGCGCCUACUGCUUCUACAACCAAUAUGACCCAGAAACCAACCCAGAAGGCAUCGUCGCGCUAGCUGUUGCCGAGAACAAACUGAUGCGCGACGAGAUCGUCAACCAUGUCAACACAAACAUGAAUGUCAACCCAUGGCAUCUGACCUAUGGCCAGGGACCCGCCGGCUCGACCGCCCUGCGCAAGGCUCUGGCUACAUUUGUCGCCGAUAACUUCCAACCCUCGACCGAGAUCAACGAGAGCCAUAUCUGCAUCUGCAACGGCGCCGGCAGCGCGGUAGACAACAUGGCGUUCUGUGUCGGCGAGCCUGGCGAUGGUAUUCUCGUGGGCCGCCCGCUGUACGUCGGGUUUUUCCCAGACAUCGAGGCUCGGGCAAAAGUAAAGCCGGUGCUCGUUGACUUUGGAUCCAUCAACCCCACUUCGCCCGCUGCCGUCGCCCUAUACGAACAAGCCUUACACCUCUCCAACGCCGCCGGCGUGCCUAUCCGUGCCGUCCUGCUCUCCAACCCACAUAACCCGCUGGGCCGACCCUACCCGAAGGCUUUCCUGACAGAUAUGCUCCAACUCUGUGCAAAAUACAACAUCCACCUGAUCUCCGACGAGGUCUAUGCGUGCUCUCACUUCCCCAGCACCGACUUUCCUGACCCUCCAUCCUUCGUCUCCGUUCUCUCUCUCCCCCUGGCAGAGUACAUUGACCCCUCUCUCGUCCACAUCAUUUACGCCAUGAGCAAAGACUUCUGCGCCAACGGCCUCCGCAUUGGCGCCCUGAUCAGUCCCGCGGGCGGGACCUUACUCAAAGCCUUCAAGGCCGUCGACAGCUUCACGCGAGCCUCCCAGGUGGCAGAGCAUGCGUGGCUGAAUAUGCUCACUGACGAACCCUUUCUGGAAAGGUAUUUUCCGCUGUUCCGGUCUCGAAUGACGGAGGCGUACGAAUUCACUGUGUCGUUCUUCAAGGAGAAUAAUAUCCUGUAUAGCCCCGCGAGUGUGACGAGUUUCAUUUGGAUUGAUCUAUCACGGUAUUUGAAGGACGAUUCGCUGGAGGCGGAACUCGAGUUGAACUGGCGCAUGGCGAGGGGGGGAGUGUGGUUGGCCAUGGGGGCGAGUUUUGGCAGUGAACAGAAUGGGAAUUAUAGGUUGACGUUUGCGACGCCGAGAGAGGAGUUGACGUUGGGUUUGAAUAGGUACGUUCGAGUUCGAGUUCGAGUCUUUCAUGUCAUGUCACGUCACGGCUCGUCUACGGACUUGGGCUCGGUUGUUAUUCUCUUUGAAACGAGGCACUGUUGGAGUGGGUGA